AUGAGGGAAUCGAUUUUCACCGGGAAGAUUCCCAUAUCGUGCCAGAACGAGGAGAUUCCGUGGCAGAUGAAGUGUGACAUUGUACGUUCUGACGACGAGGUUGAGAUCAGGCUUAUUGAUACUCGGGACAUCUUUACAUUCUACUUCAGCACCAUAUCUCCGGGCGACUUCUAUGUGAUGAAGAGGGAGCAAGACAUUAUUGUUGACUAUGAGAAGUUUGUGUCGAUUCUUGUAAAAAUGUUUCACAGCCUGCACAGUGGAAAGCUAAGAGGGCUGUUUUCAAAAGAAACAAGCAAGUUCCUGUUUGUCGAGAAGGACGAGUUCAGAAACAUAGUAAGGCUAGAGCUGAAGUUUUCGAAGCCAGACGAAACACACUAUAAGAUGUACCUGGGAGAUAUGAUAGGGAGGAUGGAGUCUGAGAACGUGAGGCUUGUUAAGGAGAACGGAAUGCUUCGGGAUAAGUGCAGAAGUGGAGAGAAGGAGCUGAGAGACAGGAUCAGAUAUUUAGAAGAAGAGGCGAUGGCAGCGCAAAAGAAGAUGAACAAGCUAUACAAGGAGAACGAGCUACUAAAUGAGAAAGGAGAUGCGCAGAGGGAGGAGGUGGAGAGGUUAAACAGCAAGACCUAUGAUCUGGAGAAAGAGAACGGAAGGCUACAGUACGAGCUAGACAAGCUCAAGCUGCAGGAUGUAAAGAACUCUGGGCUUGUUGAGAGAGCCCAGAAGAUAGAGGAUGAGAACAAAACACUCAAGGAGGAGUUGAACACUGCAAAUGAGAUAAUAAGAAAAUACAGUGAGGAGAUUGCACAGAUGAAGAGCACGAUAAGUGGAAGUGAGGAUGCAACGAAAGAUCUCCGGCAAAGCAACAAAAAGUACAAAUCUGAGAUUGAAGAUCUUAAGAAGAGAAUGAAGGGAAUGGAGGAUAAGAUGAAGAAAAUGAAGGAGGAGUUGAAGUCAAAGGAGACGAGGCUGAAGGAUCUCGAGACAGAAAACAUGGGGCUUGUUAAAAACCUUGAGAAUGCCCAAAAUGUAUACAGUCACUUCUACAGUAAGAACAUCGAAAACCCUACAUCUAUAAACUACUCUGACAAUGAGAGUGUUUUCUCUAUAGCACCUGAGUCCUCACCCCAUUGA